UGUCCUCGGCUAAGGCGUCUACGAUCUCGAGGUCGCUUAGUUGGGAUCUUCUUGCCUCUUAGGUCUUCAUUUGCGGCUCCUGAGUCUCAUUGGCUAUUAAAGCUAGUGAUUGAGCGGAUAUUGCAUCACCCUUGGCAGCACUGCGGUCGCUGUACCCCUGAACUUUCUGCAAGAACCUCUCUAUCUCCGAAAGAUACAAACCCUUGAGGGUAGUCCACUACCUCUGAAGUAACCAUCGACGCUUACUCAUUGGUUUCUGGCUUCUAUUGCUCCAUACUGCCCUAAAACGCUGUUCUAGCAAGUGGCUUACGUGGAUUGAAAAAGAGGCUGGCCCCUUAUAACAUUCAAACUUCCUAAGUCCGGCAUACAGCUUUGACACAAGAGCGAGCACCCUAAAAAAUAGUUUUCUUACUUACCUAUUUGGUUCAAAUCGUUUCGAAAAUGACCCCCACACCCCCGUCUGCUACGACAUCGUCCUCGGGCCAUUCGCCCGAGGAGCAGUUUAGGGUGGUUCGUCGUCGAAAUAGGGUGCCGCUCAGCUGCUAUCCGUGCCGUACAAGAAAGUUGAAAUGUAACAGGGGAACUCCGAGCUGCGAGAAUUGCGUGAAGCGUGGUGACUCCCAGUCAUGCGUUUACGCUACUCCAACAAGCCGGAGGAAAAACCAAAGUAGUGCUGGAGCUUCUUCAACUCCUGAUGAUAUGCAGAAUCGUAUUGACCGUCUGGAAGGUUUAGUCCUAAGUUUGAUGCAUGGCGGUGCCAAUAUCGACGUUUCUACCGCAACGGCUGCCGCGCCACCGGCCCCGUCCAACACAGAUAGCUCUUCACCUCAUAUCGAGCGAGAAGAUGAGGGUACAAUGAGAGAUGAGGUCGAACCCGACGACGGCGACAGUGACGUAGACGAUGGCCUAGCUACCUCCUUAGGUGUGCUUAAAGUCGACGCGGACAAGGGGAAGUCGAUGUAUAUCGGACAGGAACAUUGGCAUGUUCUCCUAGCCGACAUUGCUGAAGUGAAAAAUUUCUACACCUCACAUAAGAAAGAGCUCGAGAACAGUUAUCAAAGGGUCAUGUCUUCCAAACCUGCAACUGCUCGAGACUCUCCUAUUUUUCUAUUGUCUGCCCCGCCAGCUACGGAAGUUGAACUAAGAGCAGAACUCCCUUCGCGGACAGCAAUAAUGACUUUAAUUUCAAGGUAUUUCAAUUCUUUGGAUACUGCAGCUAGUAUAGUCCACGGGCCCACGUUCCAACAACAACUGCGGAGUCACUGGCAAGACCCGUCUAAGUCAACUAUCAUGUGGAUUGGUCUCCUCUAUGCUAUGCUCUGUCUAGCAAUGCUCAGCUAUCACAAGGUUGGAGACGAGCCUCCAGAGUGGAAAGGUAGGUCCCUGGAACUCGCAGCAGAAUACCGAUUACGAACGGUGCAAUGUUUGGUAGUGGCGGAUUAUACCAAGCCAGUCGAGUAUACAGUGGAAACACUUCUGCUUUAUUUAUUUGGGGAGUAUUCUUCGCGUUGGGACGCGGAUCUUUCACUUUGGAUUAUUACAGGUAUUAUCACAAGAUUAGCCUUCCGAAUGGGAUAUCAUCGAGACGCGGACUGGUUCCCAUCAGUCACGCCAUUUCAAGGAGAGAUGCGGCGUCGGACAUGGGCUUUACUCCGCAUGGCGGACAUCGUAUUCUCAUACCAAGUCUCUCUACCCACGAUGAUCUAUGAGCACGACACUGACACAAAGCUCCCACACAAUAUAUUUGAUGAGGAAUUUGGGCCUACCUCCAAAUCCCUCCCAACAUCCAGGGCGAUGUCAGAACCAAGUCCGAUCGCUUACAUGAUCGGUAAGACUAAGUUAUGCAUUGAAUUCGGAAAUAUCCUACAAGACGUUACACGAGUAGGCAAGCAAGUCAGCUACGACGACAUCCUAGUUCAUGACCGAAGACUCCGUGAAAUUAUGGACGAGUUUCCACCUCAUCUAAAAAUUCGUCCAUUAGAGGGCUCUCAUGACCCAGUAACACUCAUUAUCGCGAGGUUCAACCUAGAUAUACUAUAUCAAAAGGUUAUGUGCAUGCUACACAGGAAGCACAUGAUGCGCGCGCGGCAACAUCCGCGAUAUGCCCAUUCUCGCCGCAGUGCUAUUGAAGCCUCACUAGAAAUAUUGAAGCAUUUAAGAACGAUCUAUCGCGAAUGUCAACCGAACGGUCGCCUUCGUUCUAUGAAAUGGUAUAUCUCGGCUACGUCGAAAGACACCUUACUUCCUACUAUGCUAGUAAUUCUCGAUCUCCAUCACGACCAUGGCCCGCAUACCAAACGCCAGGAUUCUCAAGCUGGAUUUUUCUGGACGCCUGAACAACGACAGGAAAUGAUCACUUCUCUUGAAGAGGUCUCGGAGAUUUGGAAGUCAUUAUCACACGAAUCUGUGGAAGCUUACAAGGCUGCAAAUAUCCUCGAAAUCAUGUUAGGGAAGCUCAAGAAUCCGGAUCCCGCUCCGGGAGGCGCAGGAGGAUUAUCUGUGCCACCGGAAAGCCUCUUCUCAUUUGGCGCUGAGAUGCUACCCGAGCAUUCUGCUGCUAUGACGCUCGGCAUGCUCUCUGGAGGUUUGACAUCCGGUAUCCAGUCCCCUGGUGGAACGACUUACCCAAAUAUCGAUCUUGGUCUAGGGACAACAGCAGGAACUACAACAGGACUUACGCCUGAGUUUCAACCUGAUACUGGUGGAAUUGUUAAUAAUGCUGCGUCGCCAUUCUCCAUGUUCACUACCAUAGGUGGAGGAGGUAACAUGGCUAUUGAUAAUAAUAACUUUGACUGGGACGCCUUCGAGAACUAUGCACAAACAGCAACUUGGGGGCCAGAUCAAUCUUCUUUCCAGUUCUUCGCGGGAAACCCAGACCAGCAAUCCCAGCAAGGAUCAUCAGACGGAUCUUUUACCUUCCUCAAUCCGAGCACGCCCGGUUCAUAACCCCUCUAGCGACAUCAUUGUUUGGACGUUAAUCGCGGCGCUUGGUUAUGACGGAUUGGAUGAUAUGGAUGUCAGAUACCCGGCUAUCAGCCCUCGCAUCUCGGUACAUUUUAGGUGCAGCAUCUGCAGUGUCUUCUUGUCUACUCAGGAGACUUGACAAAAGUGCAUUUGGUGAUGGAGGGUUAUGUGUACGUAUAUAUAAUGUUGAUGAUGUCUAGGGUACAUAGCAUGAACCAAAUAACUCUCCUCCGGGGCCAUAGUUGCCAUAACUUCACGGUCCUUUUAAGGGAUUAAAGUAAAUAAAAUGGGGGUUUCGGAUGAAAGAUA